UUCCCACAGACUGCCACCGCCUGGACUAUGGACUAUAGGCGAGGGAAUACCAACAGUUAACCAAUUACCCUAGUAUUCAACAAAACAAUCCAAAUUUACAUGUUAAUAGAUCGACAUCAUGGCCUCAAACUCUCAAAACGGACGACAGACCAACGGAAUGAUGGCCAAUGGCGGUUAUGGUUCAGACUCGACUAGUUUGCCCUCGAUAGCCGGUCCCCCAGUGGCUGACCUUGUGUCUCAACUUGAGGAUUAUACCCCAACUAUCCCUGAUGCUGUGGCUCAACAUUUCCUAAGCUCUUCUGGAUUCCAAACGGAUGACCCCCGGAUCGUGCGGAUCAUGUCAAUUGCGGCCCAAAAGUUCGUGGCGGACAUUGCGAAUGACGCGUUGCAGCAUUGCAAAAUGCGAGGGGCGGGGCAGACCAACAAGAAAAAUAAAGAUAGGAAAUAUGUGCUCACCAACGAUGAUUUGGCCCAAGCCAUGAGUGAUCAAGGCAUCACACUCAAGAAACCGCCAUAUUUCAUGUAACAAUUAGUAAUACAGUACCAAAUCAUAAUCAUUAUAUGUUUGCAUCUUCGGAGGUUCAACGAAACAUUCUCAAGAAUAAAUCCUUCAUGACAAGUAAAGCCUGCUCGGUCGCCGCUUA